AUGCAAAAUCAUGUUAAGUAUAAUUAAAUUUAUUUUAUAAAAUAAGAAUAUAUUUAUAAUUAAAAAUAGUAUUUUAAUGAUAAAUUAUAAUUGUUAGAUGCAUUUAUAAUUAUAAUAAGUAUUAUGUUAAUUAUUAUUGAAAUAAAGUUUGAUAAUAUAACUACAUUUACGAAUAUUGCUUAAAUAUUUAGGGCUUUGUUUAGAUUAUUUAGAAUAUUUUUACUUUUUAGAAAAGUAAAUACAUUUAAAAACUCUAAAAUAGUAAAUUAAAUAAGAACACCGGCAUAAAAAUUAAUUUAGAUUUUAGAAAAUUUGAAAGAUGUGUUCGAUAAUAUAUCCAUUAUUAGAAAAUUCUAAUGGAUAAUAGAAGUUAUUUAAUAAAAUAGUCUCUAUGAACCUUAAAUAGAGGAAAAAAGUUAAUAAUAACAAUAAUAUUAAACUACAAUCGUUCCUUAAAAUAUUUUAGAUUAUUUUAAUAAUUAUGUAUUUUUUAUUAAAGGCUUUAUGCUUUAUAUUUUUUAAAUGUUUAAUUCCUUUAUAAUUAAAAAAAAAAAAAUUAAGGUUGAAGAUAUUUCAUGUUUUGACUGUUUUGAAUUAUAGAAAUUCGGAUAAGGAGAAGAACUUUCUUAUUUAUUAUUAUUUUUAUUUGAAAAAAGAUAGUUAAUUAAUUAACUUUAAAUUGAUUUUAAAAUUUUUUUUGGAUUUGCCAAAAAUAUUUAAAACAAUUAUAAAUAGGAAGCUAUUUAUCAUAGUUAAUUGCAUGCUUUUGAUGUUACUUAAUUUAUGCAUUUUCUUCUUAUUAAAUGCAACUUUAUAGAUUUAGCAGAAGUUUCUCCAUUAGAAGAAGCUGCAAUAUAUAUAUCAGCUUCUUCUCAUGACUAUUAGCAUCCGGGGCUUAAUAAUUAAUAUAUGAUAAAUACUUAAAAUAAUUUAGCUCUUAAAUAUAAUGAUAAAAGUGUAUUAGAAAAUUUUCAUGUGAGUAAAAUGUUUGAAGAUACAUUAAAUAAUGAAAGUAUAAAUAUAUUCAGAUCAUUUACAAUAAAAGAAUUCAAAAUAAUAAGGCAAAUUAUUAUAAAUAUGAUUCUAGCUACUGAUAUGUCACGUCACUUUUCUGAUAUUGGAAAAAUGAAAACAAGAUUAGAUUCAGGUAUAUUUAAAUAUAUUAUUAUUUUUUUAUUUAAAAAGAUAUUAGAUUUCGAUAUAAAAAAUAAAGAUAAAUAAAAUUGCAUGGAAAUUCUAAUCCAUGCAGCUGAUCUGAGUAAUCCUAUUAAAAAUUGGAAAAUAUCUUAUUAAUGGUCUAUUAAAAUCAUGAAUGAAUUCUUUAAUUAAGGAGAUAAUGAAAAGUAAUUAGGAUUACCUGUAACUUAUUUAUGUGAUAGGGAUAAUGUUAAUAUUCCUAAAAGCUAAAUUGGAUUUAUUGAUUUUGUAGUUAAACCACUUUUUGAAAUUUGUGUUUCUUUUUUACCUGAGUUAAAAGUUUAUUUAUAAAAUUUUGAUAUUAAUAAAUAAUAGUGGAAAGAACUUGAAAAUUCAAAAAGUUUUUUUUUUUUUUUUUUUUUUAUUAUAAAAUAUAAAGGUGUAAAAAUCUAUUAAGAAUUUUGA